CCGGCGCAGUAGCAAUCCGACGCCGGGUCGAGGCGAACGCGUUACAAACAUGCGCUCAAUCCUAGCCAUAAUAUCCAUACUGUUCAUCUACGCAAAAUGUGACGACAAAUACAACGAGAAACGGAAGCAACUUGUUGAACUUGAACUAAGGAUGGCCCUCGGCGGUAACACUACACUAAAUGAUAAGGAGAACAUUGUAAACAACUGCCUGAUGCAACACAAGUUUAAUGAACUCGAUUACGGAUUUGACAAUCCUGAACAUUACAACCUUUCUCAUCAUUUCUUCAAUUAUAAAAAGCAAAUCCAGACGUCUAAAGUUUAUAAGAUUAUUAAGAAUAUGCCUAAAGGAGCUGUGCUUCAUGUUCACGACAUGGCCAUAAUCGGUCCAGACUAUUUCCUGAACCUCACGUACAUGGACCAUCUCUACGUGUGCUUCGAAAAACCUAUCAGAUUUUGGUUCUCCUAUAACGUUCCUAACUCUACAUGUGACGGGGAUUGGAAGCUGAUGAAGAAUGUAAGGAAAGCAGCAGCUAAUGUGACACAGUUCGACGCCGAUUUGAGAAAACAUUUCUCCAUGGUCUGUGACAAUCCUGACGUAGUGUACCCUUCCAUCAAAGAAACAUGGACCACUUUCAUGGGAUACUUCACCACUGUUUAUGGCCUAAUAUCGUUUAGGCCAAAUUGGGAGAAAUAUUUUUAUGAUGCUCUAAAACUGUUUAGAGACGACAAUGUUAUGUACGUUGAAGUAAGAAGCAUAUUACCCAACUUGUAUGAGCUUGAUGGUACUAUUUAUGACAAAAGAAUAACGGCGAAAGCUUACAAGAAAGCGAUAAACAAAUUCGUCAGAGAUUAUCCAGAUUUUCUUGGAGCUAAACUAAUAUUUGCUCCGUCGAGAAAGGUGGAUACAACAGUGCUAGAUUCUGAUAUACAAACAGCGAGACAGAUUAAGAAAGACAUGCCUGAUUUAUACGCCGGCUUCGAUUUGGUUGGACAAGAGGAUUUAGGGAAUCCACUUAUAGAAUUUGUACCACAGUUACUCCAAGCUAAAGACUUGGAUUUCUUCUUCCACGCUGGUGAAACGAAUUGGUACGGGACAUUGACAGAUGAGAAUUUAGUUGACGCAGUAUUGUUGGGUGCUAAGAGAAUCGGGCAUGCGUAUGCACUUGCAAAGCAUCCAGCUUUGAUAAGGGAAGUAAUAGAAAAAGAUAUUGGUAUAGAAGUGAAUGUUUUAUCAAACGCUGUGUUAUCAUUAGUGAAAGAUGUUCGUAAUCAUCCUUUAAAUAUUUUCUUGAGUUUGAAUCUUCCUGUUGUGUUGUCUAGUGAUGAUCCUGGUGCUUGGGAAGCUGAUCCAUUGUCUGAUGACUUUUACGUGGCGUUUGUGGGUGUGGCUAGUAGGCUUUCAGAUUUGAGGAUGCUAAAAGGUUUAGCUUUGAAUUCUUUGAAAUACAGUGCUCUAACACCUGAACGUAAGGUGCGGGCGAUCCAUGAUUUUAAUACAAAAUGGAAUGAUUUUGUUAACAAUUUCGAUUGUAAGUCGUAUUAA